CGCCGACGCGACGCGCCGACGCGACGCGCCGACGCACGCGCGCGACGCGCGCGAACGAACGCCGACGCGUCUCGGCGAAUCGAUCGCGUUCGCGAUCGCGCGCGAAUCCACCUAAAGUCGACGCGCCAUGUCGCUGCGCAAAAUCGAAGCCUCGAUCCCGAACAGUCAUCGGCAGCUCGUCCUCGACGCGCUGACGCACGAGGGAGGGAUCGGACACGAAACGCACGUCGGGGAGUACAUCGUGUGCAAAGAGUGCGAAAAUUGCGUCGUCGUCAUGGUGGUGUGCGUGGCGGCGCGCGCGGGCGAAUUGAUGAACGUGCUGACGAAUUGCGGCGUCGGCGUGGUGUUCGGCACGGUGACGUCGAUUCAGGUGGCGAGUCAUCGACCGAAUCCGGCGGCGUUGGUGCAAGAGUUUCGCGAUUUGAAGACGAAGGUCGAGGCGCAGGCGGAGGGGGCGCUGGCGAAGGAUCGACAGUUCGCGAGACGGUGGAAGCGGCGGCGGGACCGGUUGGAGAAACGGAAAAUUGAGUACAUCUCGGCGGAUACGGGGAAGAGUGUUGAGGAGCUUUUCAACGAAAUCGUCGAUCAAUCGUGCGAUGGACGAGGGUUUUAUGUGUCGGUCAUGUGCGCGAGCGUGAUCGCGGGCGUUGGUUUGUUGACGAAUUCCGCCGUCGUCGUCUUGAGCGCCAUGCUCAUCUCGCCGCUCAUGGGGCCGAUUUUGAGUUCUGCGUUUGGGCUCGCGAUCGGGGAUCCGGUGCUGUUUUGGGGCUCGAUUGCCGCUGAGUGUCGCGCGGCGGUCGUGACUUUCCUCAUGGGCGCGGUUGUGGGCGUCGUCUACGGACCUUUCGCCGUGGCGUACGGCGAAAAUCCAAUCCCGACGACGGAGAUGGCUGGUCGCGGACAGACGAACGGUCUCGUCGGAGGCUGCUUAAUCGCUGUCGCCUCGGGCGUCGUCGUCGCGAACGCCAUCUCGAGUAGUGGUGUCAACUCACUCGUCGGUGUCGCCAUCAGUGCAUCACUUUUGCCGCCAAUCGUCAACUCUGGCGUCAUGAUCGUCUUCGCGUUGGGCAUCGCCAAGGGAUGCGACAACGCCGCCGACCUCAUGUGCACCUUCUCCAAGAAAGAGUUCUUGACCAAGGCGGGAGUCUCCUUCGCACUCUACGCCAUAAACGUCGCCGUCAUCAUCGUCGUCGCCGGUGGCAUCUUUUACAACCAAAAGAUUGGUAAAUUCCGAGGCUUCCUCGUCGCCACCGAGACGCACGAGCUCCUCGACACCGCGAACGCCCACGUGCGCAAAAAGUUACAAGUCGCCACCGGCAUCAAGGGCGCCGUCACCGACUGCACCUUUGACAAACUCAUCGACGAGGCCAGUAAAACGCAAGCCGUUCGCAAAGUCGACGUCGAGAACGCGCCCGAGGACUCGCGUCUCAAGCACAUCUUGUCCGAGCACGUCCACCAGUCGCACUACAGCGUCCUCCGCCCCUUCGACGAGCCCAAGGGCGUGAAGCGCGCCGCGUUCGCGCUUCACGAGCAAAACGCCAAGAUUUUCGACUGGGUCAAGGACGUGCACGAUCUCCUCAAGCGUUAGUCACCGUCGG